CUUUAAAACCAGGAAUUGUUUCAGUUCAGAGAAAUCGAAACUAAGAUGUCGUGGAUGUCUCCCUGUCUGUGAGUGUGAAAUAAAAUGGCAGAAUCCAGUGUUUUUUUGGCUCAGGAUCAGUUCAGCUGUUCAAUCUGUCUGGAUCUACUGAAGAAUCCAGUGACCAUUCACUGUGGACACAGUUACUGUAUGAGCUGUAUUACAGGGUUCUGGGAUCAGGAUGAUCAGAAGGGAGUCUACAGCUGUCCUCAGUGCAGACAGACCUUCACUCCAAGACCUGUUUUAGGUAAAAACACCAUGCUGGCUGAAGUGGUGGAGAAACUCAAGAAGACAAAACGACAAGCUGCUCGUCCUGCUCAAUGUUACACUGGAUCUGGAGAUGUGGAGUGUGACAUCUGUACUGGGGACAAAAACAAAGCCAUCAAGUCCUGUCUGGUGUGUCUGAACUCUUACUGUCAAAAUCAUCUGGAACAACAUGAGAGUUUCUUCAAAGGUAAGAGACACAAUCUAAUGGACGCCACUAGACGACUGCAGGAGAUGAUCUGCCCUCAACAUGAGAAACUACUGGAGAUUUACUGUCGUACUGAUCAACAGUGUAUAUGUUAUCUGUGUAUGGUGGAUGAACACAAAAACCAUGACACUGUAUUAGCUGCAGCAGAGAGGACUGAGAAACAGAGACAGCUGGAGGAAACCCAGAGAAAAUUCCAUCAGAGAAUCCAGGAGAAACUGAAGCAGCUUGAGGAUCUGAGAGAGGUUGUGGAGUCUCACAAGCGCUCUGCACAGGCAGCAGUGGAGGACAGUGAGAGGAUCUUUACUGAGCUGAUCCGCUCCAUUGAGAGAAGCCGCUCUGAGGUGACACAGCUGAUCAGAGACCAGGAAAAGACUGCAGUGAGUCGAGCUGAAGGACGACUGGAGCGACUGGAGCAGGAGAUUGAUGAUCUGAGGAGGAGAGACAAUGAGCUGGAGCAGCUUUCACACACAGACCAUCACAUCCAUUUCCUCCAGAGUUUCCAGUCUCUCUCUGUCCCUCCUGGAUCUACAGACUCAUCCAGCAUCACUGUCAGUUCUCGUCUCUCUUUUGAUGAUGUUGGUAAGUCUGUGUCUCAUCUGAGAGAGAAACUGGAGCAUUUCUGCAGAGAGGAGAUAAAAAUGAUAUCUGGUAGAGUGAGAAACAGUAACAUCAUUCCCACCCCUGAAUCCAAGACCCAUGAGGAGUUCCUCCAAUAUUCCCGUCAACUCACUUUGGAUUUAAACACAGUGAAUGAAAACCUGGAACUGUCUGAAGGGAACAGAGUGAUUAAAUACACUCGUAAAGAACAGCCGUAUCCUGAUCAUCCAGACAGAUUUGAUUGUCAUCCUCAGGUGUUGUGUAGAGAGAGUGUGUGUGGACGCUGUUACUGGGAGGUUGAGUGGAAUGGUAAAGUGGCUAUAUCAGUGUCAUGUAAGAGCAUCAGCAGGAAGGGGUGGGGAGGUAAGUGUAGAUUUGGAUAUAAUGAUCAGUCAUGGAGUUUGUUCUGUUCUAAAUCCAGUUGCUCAUUCUGGCAUAAUAACACACAGACUAAACUCCCUGUAGUCUCCAGCUCCUCUAGAAUAGGAGUGUAUGUGGAUCACAGUGCAGGAACUCUGUCCUUCUACAGGGUCUCUGACAAAAUGACCCUCAUUCACAGAGUCCACACCACAUUCACUCAACCUCUCUAUCCUGGGUUUUGGCUUAAUGAAUGUUAUUCAGCACAACUGGGGUGGCCUUGUUCAAAAGUGACAUUCUGUGAUCUAACAAUAUAGAUGGUACAGAUACAAUACUGUGACAAAUAUUCUUAAAAUAUAAUUGUCAUGUUUUUGACAUUUUUUUUGUGAUGUUUACUCUAAACUUUAACAACACAAUUGUAAUCAAGUGAUUUUAUCCAUAAGCUGCAAUGAUGCUUAUUUGUUAUGUCUGACAUUGUCUUUUAAAAAGAAAUUAAAUCUGUUUUCUUCACCCCAUUCAAUGUGGGUUUUUUUUUUCGUUAUUUAGCACUGACAGUGUAUGUACAUGCAGUUUACAGGUCACAUUCAAUGAACCAAUGAAAUUUAAAUAGAAAACAUCCAUCUGUAAUUGUCAUGAU